GUCAAGUUUAAAAGAUUGUUCUCGAUAAACUUUAGGCUACAUAUUUUAAUAAAACAGCAAUUCCUAAAAAAAAUGUCCUGAUUGUAAUAAAUAAAAUGGAACUGAAUUAUUAACAGUAAAUGGUUUCUAUUGUCGCUAUUUGUAUACAUUUUUAAUCAGGACAUCGCAAUAGGUUAUAGAAAGACUUGUUAUUAUUUAAAUUUGAAAAUCAUCUUGCCCUCGCUUCGUAACAAAAUGUUUUGUUGGGGUAAUGCUACUCAUCACGAAUUGUGCAUUGAAGGUUCGGAUAAUCUUGACCUGGUCAUUAGACCAACAUUUUCUAAAUGGAAGGAAAGUAGUCAUAUCCAAUUUGUAGCUGCAGGAGAAUUUCAUACUUUGUAUUUAACCAAUGUUGGUCAUUUGUAUUCCUGUGGUAAUAAUGAUGUUGGACAAUUAGGACGACAAGCUAAAGAGGAAGACGGGAAAUAUCCAGGUUCGCUUGUUGAGACAUUUAAAGGAUGUAGUUUGUCAGCUAUAGCAUGUGGCAUGCAUCAUUCUAUGGCCAUAGAUGAAUGGGGCCAGCCAUUCAGUUGGGGUUCUGAUAGUAUGGGCCAGUUGGGUAGUAAUCUUGGUGGCCACGCUCAGGAUAAACCAAAAAUUAUUAAAUUUCUGGCCACAAAAAAUGUGAUUCAAAUUGCCUGUGGAUUCUACCAUUCAGUAGCAUUGACUAAUAAUGGUGAACUAUAUGCUUGGGGAGCAAACAGUUUUGGUCAGUGCGGAUUGGGCACAAUGUCAAGUAAGACAACCACACCGCAACAGAUAGCAUCAUUAGUUGGAGUUCCGAUCGCUCUGGUGGCUUGCGGUAGUAAUCACACAUUUGUGUUAUCAAAGUCAGGUGCUGUGUUUGGAUUUGGUAAAAACAGUCAUGGUCAACUGGGACUACAAGAUAGAGACAAUAGAUGUUAUCCCACACAUUUGAAAGUUUUGAGAAAUGUCAAGGUUUGUUAUAUUUCAUGCGGGGAAGAUUUUACUGCCUUCCUUACUCUUGAUGGCGGUGUCUUUACAUGUGGGUCCGGUGAAUAUGGACAAACAGGACAUGGUGCAGUGAAAGAUGAACUGGUACCUAGGAAGAUAGUAGAGCUGAUGGGCAGCACGGUGACGCAGAUAGCGUGCGGGCGCCGGCACCUGCUGUGCCGCGUGGGCGAGCGCGUGCUGGCGUGCGGGUACGGCGCGCGGGGCCAGCUCGGCUGCCCGCACAUGGCGUUCGCGCUCGUGCCAACCCCAGUACCGUUCACGCCUAAUGAUGAGUCGCCGACUGAUAAUGCUGAGCAGACUAAGCCAAAGAAGAAAUCCAAGCUGGAGAGUACGACUGCAUUCGGUAAACAGGGCGCAGGAACCUCCAAACUUAAUUUCUCAGCAGAUAUGCUGAGCGGGCCUAUAAAGGUGUUUGCUGGUGGUGACCACAGUUUCUUAGUGCUUUGCAGUGAUAAAUCGAGUCCCACAGACGCUAGGAUACCGGAUAGUAGGCGACAAAUUAUGACGCUAAACAUACCUAAAAUAGCCGCUUGUGAGGUCUUCAAAGACGAUGAUGUUGUAAAUCAAGACCUUAUGGCGUACUUGGAAACAGUGUUCGGGUCGUUAGCGUGUAUCAACGGCUCAUUCUUGUUACAAAACAGUGCGCACUUUGGUUGUAACACUAAAAUGCCUGGCGUAGAUCUCAUGAAGGCACAAGAGGCUUUUCAUAUUAUAAGUCGAUUAGAAAAUACUUCUAUAAAAGAACUUAUAUUUAGUCAUUUAACGGAAAAUAUAAUUAAGAAAGUGAAAACAUCCCCACCUGAUGCAGAAGCACUGAGAGUGUUUCUCGUAUUGCCUUUGUAUCAUGAAAUGAGGAAUCCGCGAAGACAUCCUGAAUUACAGGGUCCGUUCGCGGAAGCAUUCAACAAGUUACUGGUUCACCCGCAACGUAUUGUGCACCUUUGGUGGGAGGCACAAACGGGCGAGUAUUUUGAAAUGUUGGUGGACAUAUUCAAAAGUGUCAUCGUGUAUGAGCUUAUGCAGCCAGCGGUUAGGGCUAAUAAGAAAAUAUAUUUCACACAUAGCAUCGUUCAAAUAUUAAAUACUCUCUCUACACUAAAUAAGAUAAACUUCACAAAUCCCAAGAAACCGAAAAUACCAGCUGAAUGUUUCUAUGUAGAAGAUCUCUGUUCAUAUGUGGAUAUAGCGACGGAUUAUAUUAACUGGCUCUCUGACCAAGAUUCCUUACAGCCACACCUCUGCAACUACGCGUUCCUCUUCGACGUGCAAUGCAAAUCCUUACUUCUAAAGAUAGACCAGCAAUUGCAAAUGCAAAUGGCGAUCACAAGAGCGGCUACACAAAUGUUCACACGGCUGUUCAUGGACCCUACUUAUCCGUACCAAAGAGAUCAGUUCCUCAAUCUGACGGUAUCUAGGAACCAUAUUGUGCGCGAUACGAUGCUACAAAUUAGCAAUCAUGAUAGUUCACAGCUGAAGAAACCGCUUAGAGUAGAAUUCGUGGGCGAGGAGGCGGAAGACGGUGGUGGUGUGAAGAAGGAGUUCUUUUUGUUAUUGCUCAAGGAAAUAUUCGAUCCUGUAUACGGAAUGUUCAAACAGUCGGAAGAAACUAAUAUGAUUUGGUUCUCGAACAAUCCGUUUGAGGAUGAUGUUAUGUAUUAUUUAAUUGGUGCAAUAUAUGGCCUAGCUAUAUACAAUUCGAUAAUAAUAUACGUGCCAUUCCCUCUCGUGUUGUACAAAAAGUUGUUGGGAGAGUCUGUGAUGUUGGACGAUCUAUCGGAUUUGUAUCCCACGUUAGCUAAUAGCCUUAAGCAUCUCUUAGACUAUCCUGAUGAGGAUGUUGAAGACGUAUUCAGCUUAUGCUUCGCAGUGAAUACUGUAGUCUUUGAUCAAAUUCAAGUCCAUCCACUCAAAGAGAAUGGGGAAAAUUUGCCCGUCACUCACGAGAACAAGGCGGAGUACGUCGAUCUAUAUGUUGACUUUUUGCUCAAUAAAUCUGUAGACAAUCAGUUCAAAGCAUUUAAUCAGGGUUUCCAGAAAGUAUGCGGCGGUAGGAUAAUAAAAUUAUUUAGAUCCCACGAGCUAAUGUCAGUGGUUAUUGGUAAUGAGGAAUACGAUUGGGACAUAUUUGAGAGUAACUGCGAGUAUAAAAACGGUUAUACGGAGACUGAUCCGCAAGUUAGAUGGUUUUGGGAAGUCUUUCACGAGUUAUCUAUUGAAGAUAAGAAAAAGUUCUUACUUUUCCUAACUGGAAGCGACCGCGUGCCCAUACAAGGCAUGAGAGAUGUAAAAAUAAGGAUUCAACCAGUUGCCGACGACCGUUUCUUCCCCGUCGCUCACACAUGCUUCAACCUCCUGGACCUCCCUCGCUAUAAGACAAAAGAACGCCUUAAAUACUAUCUCCUCCAAGCUAUUCAACAAACACAAGGAUUUUCACUCGUCUAACUAAAUUAUAUAUAUACGUCACACAAAUUAUUAUGUGUUUAUUAUGAUGUUGUUACUUGCAUGUGAUAUGUUGGUAUGGAAAUCAUCUGAGGUUGCAAAAGCCUAACUCAGUUCGUUGUUUUUAAAUUUCAUUUUAUUCAGUUAUGAAUACACAUUGUUUCGGUGUAGAUCUCUACAGCAUUAGAAAUGACACAAACGCAUAUUUUGGUGUUAUCAGAAAAUGCUUCAUUGAGACACAAACACUAUUUGGCAUUUUUGAAGUUAAAUUUAGAAUGACUUGCUUAUUUUUAUUGCAUUUUAACGAUAAAUAUUGCGUCCUAUAAAUGAUAUUAACAAUUAUGCAUAGUAGAGACAAUUGUACAAUAGAAUUUUAAUGAACCACGUGCCAAAAUUGAUAUACAAUUUUGCACAGGUGUUUUGCUCCAAUCUAGAUUGUUCUAUGUAUUAAAUACAUAAUAAUAUAUGUAUAAUAUAAAACUCUAAUAAAUACUCGUGUUCAAAAAGAUUAAUGCUACAUCUAAUUAUUGCUUUCGUAUGUCAUUAAUAAUUCAGAUAAAGAACGAAUAUUUUAUUGUGUCACUUCACAAUUCAGUCAUUGUCAUUCUAUAAUGGACCGGAACAGGUGCUAUUCAUACUGCAAAUAAAUUUAUUACGUCGCAUCUUUAAAUAACAAUCAAUGUUACUACCUUCUUGGGAGUUUUUCACGAUGUGACCGUUAUAUGAAAAUUAUGCUUAGGAAAUAUUUUGUUAAAAAAACUUAUAUUCUUUAAUAGGUAACAAGUAUCUGGGCGUUUUGAACACCAUGCCUUUGCUAGAAUGCCAACAUUAAAUAGACACGGUUGAUAAAUCGUUUAAUAAAUAAAGAGCCUGUUAAAUUUUUAUUUUUUACUAAUAAUAUGAUAACUUGGAUCGUUAAUUCAAUAUUAAGUAUGGAAACGUAAAUUGAUUUUCUUGUUAACAAUUAUUAUUUUACAAUUAUUGAUAAUUAAGAAUCGUUUGAUCAAUUGACGAGUAUAUAAAAAAAAACGAAAGAAACAAAAAGUUGCAUUACAAUUUGAGGUCUAAUGUACAUGUUAUAACAUAUUGUUAACAUUCAAAUUUGCACCUUAUGUUCUAAGAAAUAAUUAACAAUUUAUUUGAACAGACUGAUCAUACUACUAAAAAUAGCUUUAAAAUGCUUUUUAAAGUGAAAUAUUUAUCCAUUUUUUCAGUAAGGUUAUAGUUUAACACCCGUGACCUCAAUUAAAUAUACAAUGUGUUCGACAUUUUCGCCUUCACGUAAUAUUCGAUUUUAAACAUCCCACAGUUUAUGACAAGUUUGUUGUGUUGUAUCAUUCAUAUUGUUAUUCUGUAUUUUUGGGAAAGUUAUGUAGUUAUGUUACCGGGUUCGCACUGAUUUAACAUUUACGGAAAAUCAUUUUUAGCGUUUGACUUUGAACAUGCAAUAUUGUACUAUCAAAUACCGGAUCAAUAGUAGGUUUGUGUCAAAGCAAUAUUAUAUCAAUACUUUUACUGCAAACGAAGAAAUCAUAAUACUUUCUUAUAUUCAUCGUUUCGUUUCUACGUUGUUAUUAGUGCGAACCUAGAAUAAGCAUAACAAUUAUUUUAUAAUAUCAUCAAAAUAUUAAGUUUAAAAAUUUUGACAAAUAAUGUACAGAUAUAAAUUACUUAUUGCUGGUAAUUGCUGUGAUAUAUUUUAAUAAACCGAGACAAUAUAUCUCACUUUGGGAAACUC